AUGCAGAGGAGCUGGAGAGCGGGAUUGUGCCGAAUGCGGAUCAAGUCCACUCGGCAGAGUGGAGGAUCCCGCCCCGCAGUCCCCUUUUCAGCGGACAGGGGGCAAGAUGACCGGUGCACCGAAAACGGCACGCCGGCCCCUCCACACAAAACUCGAGAAGAGACCCUAGCCCCACUUCGGAGAUCCAGGCCUCUCUCACUUCCUCCUCCGUCACGCCGGCCAGCCAAGAGUCUAAUGACCACAAGGCCGGCCCACUCCCGCCAGCCAGGCCUUACGGCCACACGACCAGCGCCUCCCUAA